CCAGCAGCGAUGAACUGGCCCUUCUUCAGAACAGCUGCCGUGCUGUUCAUUUUCCUGGUGGUGCUGGAAGUUAACAGUGAAUUUCGAAUCCAGGUACGAGAUUAUAACACUAAGAAUGGCACCAUCAAGUGGCAUUCCAUCAGAAGGCAAAAACGUGAGUGGAUCAAGUUUGCUGCAGCCUGCCGUGAAGGUGAGGACAACUCGAAGAGGAAUCCAAUUGCCAAAAUUCAUUCAGACUGUGCUGCAAACCAGCAAGUGACAUACCGCAUCUCUGGAGUAGGAAUUGAUCAACCACCUUAUGGAAUCUUUGUUAUUAAUCAAAAAACUGGUGAAAUUAAUAUAACAUCCAUAGUUGAUCGAGAGGUCACCCCUUUCUUCAUUAUCUAUUGUCGGGCUCUGAAUGCACAGGGCCAAGAUUUAGAGAGACCUCUUGAGCUCAGAGUCAGGGUUUUGGACAUAAAUGACAACCCUCCAGUAUUUUCUAUGUCUACUUUCCUAGGACAAAUAGAAGAAAAUUCUAAUGCAAAUACACUGGUGAUGAGACUCAAUGCUACUGAUGCAGAUGAACCAAAUAAUUUGAACUCAAAAAUAGCCUUCAAGAUCAUAAGACAAGAACCUUCUGAUUCACCAAUGUUUAUUAUCAACAGAUACACUGGAGAAAUUCGAACAAUGAAUAAUUUUCUAGACCGAGAGCAAUAUAGCCAGUAUUCUCUGGCUGUAAGAGGCUCAGACAGAGAUGGUGGGGCAGAUGGUAUGUCAGCAGAGUGUGAAUGCAGCAUUAAAAUCCUUGAUGUCAAUGAUAACAUCCCAUAUAUGGAACUGCCUUCGAAUUCCUUACAAAUUGAAGAAAAUAGUCUAAAUUCAAAUUUGCUCCAGAUAAGAGUAAUUGAUUUGGAUGAGGAGUUUUCAGCUAACUGGCUGGCAGUAAUUUUCUUUAUCUCUGGAAAUGAGGGAGGUUGGUUUGACAUUGAAAUGAAUGAAAGAACAAAUGUGGGAACUCUAAAGAUUGUUAAGCCCCUAGAUUAUGAAGAGGUGAAGAAUCUGCAACUUAGUCUUGGUGUUAGAAAUAAAGCUGAAUUUCAUCAAUCAAUUAUGUCUCAAUAUAAACUCACAGCAACUGCAAUCUCUGUAACUGUGUUAAAUGUAAUUGAAGGUUCGGUGUUCCGUCCAGGUUCAAAGACAUACGUAGUAACUAGUAGUAUGGGACAAAACUAUAAACUGGGAGAAUUUAUAGCUACUGAUCUGGACACAGGUUUACCUUCAACAACUGUCAGAUAUGUAAUGGGGAAUAAUCCAACUGACCUGCUUGCUAUUGACUCAAAAACAGGCAUAAUUACUUUAAGAAAUAAAGUUACCAGGGAACAGUAUAAUUUGCUUGGAAAAAAAUACCAAGGAACAAUUCUAUCUAUAGAUGAUGCUCUUCAAAGAACUUGUACUGGUACAAUUAAUAUUGACCUUGAAGGUUCUGGCUGGGAAGAUCGUCAGACAGAUGGAGCUGUAACUGGAGGAGGUACCAUUACUAGCACAAAUGACUUUACUCCAUCAUAUGAAUACACUACUACCAACACAGAGGAUGUAUACAGUGUCACACCCACUGGCAAUGGAGUUCGGGUGCGCGAUCCCUUAGAUAAUGUACAUUUUGGUCCCGCUGGCAUUGGACUACUCAUCAUGGGAUUCUUGGUCCUAGGAUUGGUCCCAUUUUUGCUGAUGUAUUGUGACUGUGGAGGUGCCCCUGGGGGUGGUGCCGGCUUUGAGCCUGUUCCUGAAUGUUCAGAUGGAGCAAUUCAUUCAUGGGCAGUAGAAGGAGCACAGCCUGAACGUGCAGAUUUGACCACUAUCUGUGUACCACAAGUGCCACCCGAUAAUGCAAAUAUAAUUGAAUGCAUUGACAACUCAGGGGUUUACACAAAUGAGUAUUGCGGCAGAGAAAUGCAAGAACUGGGAGGGGGAGAAAGAACAACAGGAUUUGAACUAAUAGAUGGAGGCAAAAUAUCAGGAGCACCUGAGAUAUGUCAAGAACAUUCUGGAACAUUAAGAAGAAAUUCUAUGAGGGAAUGCAGAGAAGGAGGGCUGAAUAUGAACUUCAUGGAAAGUUACUUCUGCCAGAAAGCAUACGCUUAUGCAGACGAAGACGAAGGACGCCCAUCCAAUGACUGUUUGCUCAUAUAUGAUAUCGAAGGUGAAGGCUCCCCGGCUGGCUCUGUGGGCUGUUGUAGUUUCAUUGGAGAAGACUUGGAUGACAGCUUCUUGGAUACCCUAGGGCCUAAAUUUAAGAAGUUGGCAGAUAUCAGCCUGGGAAAAGAAACUGAACCAUAUCCAGACCCUGAUCCCUCUUGGCCACCUCAGAGCACUGACCCUAUUUGCCCCCCACAGGGAACAGAGCCCAUUGGAAGUGGACACCCACCCAUCUCCCCACAUAUCGGUACUACCACAGUCAUUUCUGAGAGCACCUACCCCUCGGGACCUGGGGUACAUCACCCUAUGCCUAUUCCUGACCCUCUGAGUUAUGGUAAUGUCACCAUGACCGAGUCGUACACCACCUCUGGCAUUCUGAAGCCCUCUGUCCAUGUUCAUGAUAAUCGGCAGGCAUCAAACGUGGUGGUGACAGAGAGGGUGGUUGGUCCAAUCUCUGGUGCCAAUCUGCAUGGGAUGCUAGAGAUGCCUGACUUGAGAGAUGGGUCAAACGUUAUAGUGACAGAAAGGGUCAUAGCACCAAAUUCAAGUCUGCCCACCACUCUAACGAUCCCUGAUCCUAGAGAGUCUUCAAAUGUGGUAGUGACAGAAAGAGUCAUCCGGCCAACUUCCGGCAUAGUGGGCAAUCUGAGCAUGCACCCCGAUAUAUCAAACACCCACAAUGUGAUUGUGACAGAGAGGGUAGUUUCAGGCUCUGGCAUAACUGGAAUCAGCGGAGGCAGUGGCAUGGGCAGCAGCGGCCUGGUUGGCAGCACAGCUGGAGUUGGUGGUGACGGCCUGGGGCUGAGCAGCCUGGGAGGUGGAGGCCUGAGUAGCGGCAUUGGGGGGACAGCCACCAUUGGCCACUUGAGGGGUUCCUCUGAGCAUCACUUUAGCAAUACCCUCGGAUCUGCCUCCCCCACCACAACCCGAAGUCGAAUUACAAAGUACAGUACAGUACAAUAUACCAAGUAGCCAGGACCCCAGCACACUUUUCCUCAGUAAUUGUGAUUUAGGUUCAAUUCCCACCACCCAAAA